AUCUCUCUUCUCUCCAUUCCAUUCUAGGAGUAGCUUGCUAGUAGUACUACUCGUAUCCCGUGGCACCACCAUCUCUCGCCUUUCAAUUCGCUGUGCUGUGCAACCGUCGUCGUCUUCGUCCGGCUGCAGACCACCAGCCCUGGCCGCCCCCACCGCCCCCGGCCCGGCCUAUAAAAGCGCACGACCACCCCCGGCCCUCUCCUCCAACCGCCUCGGCUCGGUAGCGUCGCUGUGUGCAGCCUGCCGUCCCAAAGAAACAGAAGCAAUUCACACCACCACAACCCACUCACUCUCCAGAGAUCAGCAGCAAGCAAGCCCAGCACCCAGCAGACCAACGACAGCGAAGAUGAUGCGCAUGGAGGUGGCGCCGGAGUCCGGCAGCGGCGUGGCGGCGGAGCCCGCGGCGGCGUCCCCCGCGGCGGCGCCGUCGGCGGAGGCGGCGAUGGCGGUGUACGAGCGGGUGGCGCGGAUGGCGAGCGGGAACGCGGUGGUGGUGUUCAGCGCCAGCGGCUGCUGCAUGUGCCACGUCGUGAAGCGCCUGCUCCUGGGGCUGGGCGUCGGCCCCACGGUGUACGAGCUGGACCAGCUCGGCUGCGGCGCGGGCGGCGGGAGGGAGAUCCAUGCGGCGCUGGCGCAGCUGCUCCCGCCCGGGCAGCCGGCCGUGCCGGUGGUGUUCGUGGGCGGGCGGCUCCUGGGCGGCGUCGACAAGGUCAUGGCCUGCCACAUCAACGGCACCCUCGUCCCGCUCCUCAAGCAGGCCGGCGCGCUCUGGCUCUGAAGAGGCCGGCGGCCGGGGCGCGCGGACGCCGGCGACGUACGUGCCUGAUGAAUGCAAGUGAUCGACGGUUUAGUUUCUUGUUGUCGAUGGGUGUUAGUGGGGAGGGAGGGAGUUACUUUGUAGAUACAAUUAACCGGCCGGCCGGCGUACGUCUUCAUGAUCAUCAGUUGCCGUUCCACUAGCUAGUACCUUAUUUACCUUGUGUUUUCUAUUUUAUUUGAGUUCUAAUCGCUGGUGACCAGUACAUGCUGGGUGUUGUGUUGUGCUAAUGUGCUACUAGGAGGGAAAAAGGACAAGAGUGCCUCGAUUUUACCCUGUUCCA